AUGCUUUGCCCAAACAUUUCGACAACAAAAACACAGGACCUGCUCGCCCUCACGGAAUCCAGCUCGAGCCCUGCCAGGAAAAUGUCUCUUGCCGUUCUAGCGGCAAUCCUCGAGCAUGGGCGGGAGUUGGGGGCACAGUGCGGGGGAACGAUCCUGGACCCAGCUCUGGCGGCGUUGCUGCGUUUGGCCCGAUCUGAUGGUGACGCGACCGUGCGGAGCUCGGCGUUCGACAGCAUUGCAAAAUUUAUCGGCCAGAUGGGAACGACGUUAUAUCGCCAACGCCUACAUGACAACGACGACACAUCCAGUGACCUCGACGACGGUACACCGAGCGGCGAUGUGCUUGCCCACCAGCAGUCUCGAAGUACAGCAGAAGCGUUGACCGACGACGAUAGCACUGGUGGUGGGGGUGGCGGUGGCCGCGGCGUGACACACGGCGCACGAGCGACGGAAACGAUGGACAUGGAGAUUGCACCAUCGGAACGCGGCGCGGCCGAUCAUGCCGGGGACGCAGACGCUUGUCCUCUGUCAGAGAAAAUUCCGUCGGCUACGGCAAGAACGCCGAUGGCGCGAACGCAAAUGGGCGCGAUGCAUGGUGCGACCAGCGGAAGGCAGAGUCGGCAAGGGCGCACGCCGGUGAUCUCCCCACAGCACACGAGCGACCGUGCACAUCGUGCGACGAGAGGAGCCGGUGCCCCCAGCGAGGGAAAUCGUGGGCAAAGAAGGGAGGCGAAGGUUUCAGCGGGUCCGUGGACGAUGGGGGGGGCACUCCAGUCGUCACUGUCGGCUGCAGCUGAGGCCCUGCUGACUGAUGGGUCCAAAGCUGUUCGGGCGAAAGCCUUGGCCUGUUCGCUUCUUAUCCUAGAGGUUCACGGGGACACAAUCCAGCCACGCGGGGCUUGUUGCGAAAACACCGCAGGGGAUGAGGCGGGCUCGGCAGCAGGGCCGGGUGUGUCGAGCAGGGUGGAAAGGACGCUCUCGACGGCAAGUAGUCGCUGUGGUGGAAUUUUGAUAUUAAUGGCGUUUCUUCGCAGCCAAAGACGUUUACCCCGCAGCUCCGUUGACUUCGCUUCGCGCCCCUGCAUGUCCGGGAUCGCGAUCUUGUGCCCAUCUCUACGCAAGCGUGAUCUUCGCCAACGAUGUUUCCCCUACACCCGUGGCAGCUUCACGUGGGUUCACCUCUCGAAGAGUCUCGUUGUGCAGGAGCCCUUCCUACCUCUAUCCACACUAUGUCGUGUGCAGGUGGCCAAAGGCGCAUUGCUGGCUCUCGAAGCCCUGGCAGGCGAUAACCACGGCGGAUCUACUACACAAGCGUCGCUCAACUCCACUGGGGGAGGCGGGAGGCACCGCAAAGCCGCCGAUACCGCCCGAGCCCUCUUGAUCCUGCCCUGCGUAGAGCCCAGCCCGGUGGAACUUGUCAUGUGCUACGCUCGUUGCAGGGUCGCUUCUGGAGUGGGAGAGGGGGAAGCAGUGGGGGCAACCGAGGCGAAGAGAGCCCUCAGAGAAAUAGCUCAAGCGACCUUCUCCGCCGAUAUCCGGAAGCUUUUGAAAGCCGUGUCAGUCAUCAUGGCGGCGGACGAGCGACGACAAGGCUUAGAGGAUGGCAGCGCGAACAUAAACUUCGCAGAUACAACAGAGGGCGCAAGUUUCUCUCUCUCCGAGGUUCUUGGCGAGGUGCUCGCCGGAGUAGACAGCGGAGCCAUCGCGUCAUUGCUAUGCGACGCGCUGGAAGCGUAUGCCGCCGAGGACGAGAUUGCACCACGGGAUCGCGAUGGCGAGACACGCAAGUAUUCUAAUUACAACAGUGACGAGGAGGAGCAGCUUCGAACUCUGGCGGGAAGCCAGGGGCUGUUCUGGCGCAGGCUUGAGCAGCGGAUGGAGGACAUUGAGCGCGAUGAACGACGAGAAGAAAGUGGAUGGCAGGGAGCACAAGGGGACCGCGGGCAACUUCGCCGUCGGGGUUUGGGGUUGUCGAUCGAACAAUACCACGGUGGCGGCGGUGACGGUGGGAGGAACGGCGGAGGUGGUCAUGGCCAUCGAUCGGCGGCACCAGAUGCUGUUUCCGAGCUGUCCGAGCUGUUGCGCAUCUUCCAGCUUUUGGCCACCUAUUCCUUGCUCUCGGCCAAAAAUAGCGCCGCUCUUGAGGCCCUUGUUUUCCCCGCUGCUCUUUCUAGACGAAGGCUAAUUGUGUCGAGGUCGAUCGAUAUUCACAACUCAUUUGCGUUCUUGGUGCUGGUCUGGGGGAGCAGGGCCUGCGACUACGUGAGGCUUAUCGGCGUUCUGGCCAGAGAAAAUGCGUCCUUCAUUGCGGCCCACGUUCGAGAGCAGUACAGGUGCGAAAAGGAAAGACGUGAGGGUAACCUACAUCUGCCCGUAUGA